ACCGCACGCAAUUAAUGACUCCUUGAGGGGAGUUUGAUCGCUCACUUCAUGUUGUGAGUCGUUUGUGGAUUGGUUGAAUUUGGCCGGACAUGGAGGUGGAGGCGGGACGAAUACAUAGCAUUGUGAGCUGGAACCAUCAUCGACGCGAGGGCCCAGAGCGAAUGUGAUGGCAUAGAUAGAUCAGGCAGAAGAUCACGGGAAUGUCGACUUUAGUCACUUGCACCUGGUUUCUUGGCCAUCCACAAUGAUGCCAUUUAUCGCCUCCGGGGUGCGGUCCCUGAAUCUGCUUUGGCCCGUUCUCCAGCUGCAUUGUUUAGUGAAAAGAGGACAUUGGUUACUCUGUCCCAGUAUCUGGUACGUUGACGCUCCCCGUUCAAACAAUCUGAAGAAAUUCAACACUGCUAGCGCUAUAGACUUAUGUCAUGAAUUCAACUGAGGUAAACCAGGUGACUGGACAAAUGACAUAAAAUGGACAAGCCUGGUAUCGAACC